AUGCACGCACCUUCGACAACGAAGAAACAUAUUAUUUCACCAAUCACACCAGAAGAACAGAAUCAAGUCAUCAUUCAUUUAUUAAGGAUAAUUCAGACAAUUUACUUCACCGCAGAAAUAAGAUCACUUGAUAAAGGGGAAGCCAUAAAUAAAAACAGUCCCCUCCUAAAACUGAAUCCUUUCAUUGACGGUUCUGGAGUCUUGAGAGUGGGAGGUCGAUUAAAAGAAGCAACACUUCCAUACUCGUCAAAAUACCCGAUAUUACUGCCUAGAAACCAUCCAUUCUCUAGGCUUGCCACGUUAGCAGCAAUACGUGAAAGGUUUUGGAUCAUAUCAGGACGCAAUCUCGUUCGACAAACUGUUCAAAAAUGUGUCACUUGCUUUAGAAGUCAACCUAAGGCUGCUUCAACGAUUAUGGGAAAUCUUCCAAGGGCACGAGUCAACAUUCCUAAGAGGGCAUUUGACCAGUGUGGCGUAGACUACGCAGGUCCCUGCUAUUACAAGGAGGGCACUAAAAGAAAUGCCAAGCAAAUAAAAUGCUACAUCGCCGUUUUCAUCUGCUUAGCCACAAAGGCAAUCCACUUGGAGUUGACUACCGGCUGGUCUUCCGAAGCAUUUUUAAACGUCUUCAAGCGUUUUAUAGCCAGAAGAGGUUGUCCGUCUGAUAUUUAUUCGGACAACGGCUUAAAUUUUGUAGGCGCUGACCGCGAAUUGAGCGAAUUAUCCGACCUACUCAAGAACCAAACAACUCAACAGCAAGUUAGCGAUCAAUUGGCAGAUAAAGGAAUUCAUUGGCACUUUAUUCCGCUCAGAGCACCUCACCACGGUGGUAUAUGGGAAGCUGCGGUAAAGGCAGCCAAACGCCAUUUAGUUCGAAUGACGAAAAACUCUACUUUAAAAUAUGAAGAACUAGAAACAUUUCUCAUUCAAAUCGAAGCAAUAUUGAACUCUCGUCCAAUUACUCCACUUUCAUCAGACUCUAACGACCUAAGUUCAUUAACGCCAGGGCACACGAAAAAAAAAGAUUAG